UGUCAUAGGACAAAAAUGAUGUUAAAUGUCAUGAGUGAUUUCCUCACUAACACACACACGAACAGACGGUGGUUGGUGACGUCGGUUGAGGUGGGGUUAGGGUUGUGUAUGGGCUUGCUGCCUGGAAUUGGUGCAGGCAACGACUUGUUCUUUCCAUCAUCGAGUUAUCUUCUCUCUCAAAACGCACACUUGUGUUUUCCCAUUUUCUUUCUCGAAACACACAUUUUCCUCACAUGAAUUACCGAUCUUUUGAAACCAUACCACCCCGCAUGGUAUCAUAAUACGCAUUGGCUUUUUUGAUGUUUCCAAACCUGUUGUUUACUCGCUCAACUAUCGACUGGCCUCAUUACACCCCUGCAUUCACAGCUCAUCAGCAACCGCUACAAUGAGCAGCCGAACCAAACGCGCCAAGUCCCCGGACGUUGAUGCCAUCGAAGAAGAUGAGAAACAGUACGGGAGCGGGCCCCUCAGCCUCGAAGAGCUCGACGAACACUUCCCCAACCGCCCGCGCAACCACUCCAAAACACCCCCCUUCUCCCACCUCUUCACGGCCCUCUUCAACCCCCUGAUGGACUGCAAGCCCACGACGGCAGGCGCCGCGGGGCCCGCCCGCCGACCCGGCCGCGCCGGCGCCGGCGCCGGUACCUCCUCCAAGCUCUCCUACCACGAGCAGCGCCGCCACAUAAUCGAGCGCUUCAUGGCGCGGUGGCGCGCCGAGGUCGGCCCGGACUUCUACCCGUCCAUGCGCCUCAUCCUGCCGGACAAGGACCGCGACCGCGGCGUGUACGGUCUCAAAGAGAAUACCAUCGGAAAGCUGCUCGUCAAGGUCAUGAAGAUUGACCGCAACUCGGAGGAUGGCUAUGCGCUUAUGCAUUGGAAGCUGCCGGGGGAGCAUGGUGGGGGAGGUGGGGGAGGUGGUGGCGGUGGGGCGAGGUUUGGUGGUGGGAAUAUCAAGAGUGCUGGGGAUUUCGCGGGGCGGUGUUUUGAGAUUGUGGGGAAGCGGCAGAUGAGGACUGAACCGGGGGAGUUUACAAUCGGGGAUGUCAAUGUGAUGCUGGACCGGCUCGCGGGGGCGAGUGGUGAGGCGGAGCAGCUGCCGAUUUUCGAGGAAUUCUAUCAGGGGAUGAAUGCCGAGGAGCUUAUGUGGCUGAUCAGGAUCAUCCUCAAGGAGAUGAAAGUGGGUGCUACGGAGAGGACUUUCCUGGGGCUGUGGCAUCCGGAUGCUGAGCCGCUGUUUAGCGUCUCGUCGAGCUUGAGGCGGGUGUGUUGGGAGCUGCAUGACCCCGAGUUUCGGCUCGAGCAGCAGGAGACCGGCGUCACACUCAUGUCGUGCUUCCAGCCACAACUGGCGCAGUUCCAGACGACGUCGUCGUUUGCAAAGCUGGUCACGAAUCUGGGAAGCAACGAAGAGAACCAAGAGUUUUGGAUCGAGGAGAAGCUGGACGGGGAGCGUAUGCAAAUGCAUAUGCAGCAAGACGACAACGUGCCAGGGGGGUACAAGUUCGCAUUUUGGUCGCGCAAGGCCAAAGAAUACACCUACUUGUACGGGAGCGGCCUCGAAGAUAACAACUCGGCGCUCACCCGGCACCUAAAAAGCGCAUUCGACAGCGGCGUGCGAAAUCUGAUCCUCGAUGGCGAGAUGAUCACCUGGGACCCGGAGGUUGACAAAAUGGUCCCCUUCGGCACCCUCAAAACCGCUGCCCUAGAGCAGCAAAAGAACCCCUUCCACAACGGCCCACGCCCGCUCUAUCGCGUCUUCGACAUUCUCCUCCUCAACGGCAAGUCCCUCACCGAGUACACGCUCGCCGACCGACACCGCGCCCUCGAACGCGCCGUCAAGGGCGAAACCCGGCGCCUAGAAAUCCACCCGUACAUCACAGCCACAUCUGCCGAUGAAAUCGAGCCCCAUCUCCGCGUGGUCGUGACCGAGGCGUCCGAGGGCCUGGUCCUCAAGAACCCGCGCUCGCGGUACCAGCUCAACAGCCGCAACAACGACUGGAUCAAGGUCAAGCCCGAGUACAUGUCCGAGUUCGGCGAGUCGCUCGACCUGGUCGUCGUCGGUGGGUAUUGGGGCUCGGGCCGGCGGGGUGGCACGCUCUCAAGCUUCCUGUGUGGGCUGCGCGUCAGCGAGAAUUUUGUGCGGUCCGGCGCCGCCGCCAGCCGCGAGAAGUGCCUGAGCUUCUGCAAGGUCGGCGGCGGAUUCAAGGCCGAGGACUACGGCGAGAUGCGGCACCACACCGAGGGCAAGUGGAAGGAGUGGGACCCGGCCAGUCCGCCCUCCGAGUUCAUCGAGCUCGGCGGCGGCGAGCGGCUGCAGUACGAGCGGCCCGACGUGUGGAUCCGGCCGAGCGAGUCGGUCGUCAUCUCCAUCAAGGCCGCGUCGUUUGCCCCAUCCGACCAGUUCGCCGCCGGUUGGACGCUGCGGUUCCCGCGCUUCCGGAAAAUGCGGCUCGACAAGGCGUGGGAUGCGGGCAUGGACGUGGACGAGUCCGAGGCGCUGCGCACCAAGGUCAAGCAGGAGGAGAAGGAGCGCAAGGCGAUGGAGAUGGAGAGCCGCAAGCGCAAGCCGGCGAAGCGGCAGAAGAAGGAGCUGGUCAUCGCCGGCGCUGCGGAUCCGGCGGAGAAGACGGCCGAGUUUCUCGCCGUCAAGAAGCCGAAGACCGAGCUGUUCCAGGGACUGGACUUCUGUGUCCUGUCGGAGGUGCUCAAGCCGAAGAAGAUGACCAAACCUAAUCUCGAAAAGCUGAUCAAAGAAAACGGGGGCAAGCUGCACCAGACGGUGGAUAAGGGGUCCGGCAUGAUACUACUUGCGGACAAGAACGUCGUCAAGGUAGCCAGCCUCAAGAAAGCCGGUGACGCGGAUAUCGUGCGGCCCAAGUGGGUGUUUGACUGCCUCGAGCAGGGCGGGGGAGAGGGGUACCUCCUCCCGUUCGAGGAAAACCAUCUGCUGUAUGCCACCGAGGAGAUGAAGACGGUCGCUGAACAGAGCACCGACCAGUAUGGUGACAGCUACGCACGGGAUGUGGGCGCCGACGAGCUGAGGGCGAUCCUGGACGGCAUGGGCUUGCCCGACGAGAGCGAGGGGUUUGUCGUGGACCAGUUCCUCGACCAGCUCGAGGAGCACGGGAACGGCCUGGACGGGCUCAAGAGUUUUAUAUUCCGGCGGUUCCGGGUGCACUUUGCGCUCGGGGAAGGGGUACCCGGGGCCGGGGCGCUCAAGCUGGCGAGCUAUGUGCAGUUUGGGAACGGGGAGGUGGUGGAGGAUAUCGAGGACGAGCGGAUCACGCACGUGGUUGUUGUUGGCGGGAAAGAGGACACUGCUGCGUCUGAGAAGGUGGUGGCGGCGGAUGUGCGGUACAAGAUCAGUUCUAGGAGGGCGGUGCCCAGGGUUGUCUCUGCGAAAUGGGUGGAGGAUUGCUGGAAAGAGGACACGCUCGUGGACGAGGAGCAAUACGCACCAAGCUGAGGCCUGUAUAACGGCGAUGAUGAGGCUUGGACAGACAUGAUAGAUACCCUUGAAUGAAUUUCACCGC